AUGGCCAAAGACUGCUCUGCAGUCCGUUGUUUUAAUUGCGAAUGCCCCGGGCAUCGAGCUCAAGAAUGUAAAGACCCGCCAAGAUGUUCCGUUUGUUUAGUGGACAGUCAUUCCAUGCCUCAAUGCCCCUUCCUACUCUUCAGCGCGAACGUCGAUAACGAGCCUACGACGCCUACGCCACCUAAAACUGAAGAGGAAAAGAAACAAGAACAAAUCCGGCGUGCCAAAGAAAGAGAAGAAAGACAGAAAAAACUACAACAACAGAGAGAACAGCAACGACAACGAGAAGAACAGCGGAAACAACAAGAACAACAGAAGACCAGUGAGCGCGACGAAAGUAGAAAGGAGCGACCAAGAGAACGGAACGAUCGACAAGAACGAAGAGACAACCGGAGAGACGAUCGAGAAGAACGAAGAGACGACCGGAGAGAUGGCAGAAGAGAAAGAGAUAGAGACGAUCGAGAUUACUAUUAUCGCGGCCGGGAUGACCGCGAUAGUUCUUCCCGCCGUGACUACUCUUGCUCUGAAACUGAUGAUGACGGAUGGCAGAGAGUUAACACUAGGAGAAGGCGGUACAUAUAUUAA